AUGCGGGGUGAGCUCACGAGAAGGUUUGCUUCAACCUUGACGUACGGCGUCAGGGUGAACUACUUCCCCCACUUGUCCACGAACAAGCAGCCCAUCUCUGUCAGCCAGGAGAGGCAGAGCGGGCACCAGAUGCAGGGCAGGGACAAGUCAAUGCCCCACGUGGUUCGGAGCUCCAUGUCAGAUCCGUCCUACUUCCCACGCAGCUCCAUGUCAGACCCAGUGUACCUCGCGCGCAGCUCCAUGUCAGAUCCAGAGUACUUUAAUCGCAACCUGGUCACGCCUCAGGUCAAUGUGCCAGAGGGUGCGACGCACGUGUCGACAGCAGACUACCCGAUGCCGAUGCGGCAUUCCAUGUCAGAGCCAGCUGUGUUUGACGAGGUGGUGCCAGCCAUGAACCGCAAGAUUAGCUAA